GCCCAGAGCAGUGCUGCACGGGUGAUGCAGUGAGUGCAUCCAAAACGAGCCGCCACGUGGAUAUCCGGACAACACGGCACAGAGCAUCGAUGAGGUGGUUGCACGGAGGACUCGAGGACAUCGACCGAUCUGACGUGAGGCCGGCUCCUUGCGUCUUCACAGCGUCCUCGUAGUUUGGCCGAAGAUGAAGCGGCUUACAAAGCUUCGUCUCUGCCAACGUCAACUGCAAUGCCGUACACUCCAGCAGAUGCGCAACGACGCCAGCCCAGUCCGUCUCAUGAAUACCGACGAUGCAGAGCCGUGCGCGAAAACGCGUAGUAUCAUCGUGUAUCCCGUGUUACACGAAGAAGCAAAAGUGCAAUCGUCGUCAGCCUUGUAAUCAUUGCGUCCACCGCCGGCGGCCCGAGGAUUGCAUCUAUGUUCCCGCUUCAGCAUCGCAGACUCCGCAGGCGGCAAAUGGGUCGCGCGAAGGCCUUCCGGCGGGCGAUGAUGCCCAGCGGCCAGUUGCAAAUGGCAGCGAUGGUCGCGCCGGCACGUCCACGCUCGGCCAGGGGAGUAACUCCAUCGCCGAGCUGUACGGAUAUGUUCAGCAUAGCACAACCAACACCAUGGCGCUGGUGCGCAGGUUGGGUCUGGAGGAGGACGAAAGCCCGAUGAGCAGCCAGUCAUUCUCCGGGGAGACCAUGGAUGAGAUCGAGAAGAGCAUGAGAAAGCUGCCGGACCGAGAGACCCUUGACGUUCUCAUGCAGUACUUCGUGAAAGAAGUCCAUUGGAUGGAGCAGGUGAUUUUUCUGCCUUGGUUUCUGGGCCAAUACGAGCAAUGGUGGAACCAGGAGCGACGAUACACAGUUUUCCACGUGGAGUUCGCCGUGCUCUUCCUACGAGUAUGUUCCUACGCAUCACAGUUCCUUCCUUCGCCCUCGCAUACCAUCGAUCGAAUUCGCGGCAUGCCCUUGGACGACGUGCGCCACGCAUGCGACAAUGUCGCUGACGAUUUGGCGGCAAUUGGCGCACGGGCUGAUGCGAGGGGUGCGCUCAUUCGCGUGCAGCACUUGUUGAUCUUGGGACUGCAACGACAAUGCGAAGGACGGAUGCAUGCCUUCCGGGAGGCCCUCGGCGAUGCGGCUCGGGUGGCGCACAGGAGUGGACUACAUCGAGGGCGUGCGGCCUGGGAUCAUGGCUUGACUGACGCCGACAUGGAGAUACGUUGCCGAGUGUUCUGCAAUCUCUUCGUCAGGGACAGUGUCCUUUCGAGACAGCUCGACUGUCCGCCCUUCCUGUCACCCAACAUAACCUCUGAACACCUGCCGUAUACUCAUUCUUCGCCGAACGAUGAUGCCCCCGACGGCUACUCCGAACGCGCGCUACAGGCCCGUCUGGCAAGCUUCUGGAGAGGCGUUGCCCCGAGGCAGGACUCAGAGUACGAACCAAUACUGGCCGCGGACCGCUACGGAAAGUUUUGCAGCGAGUACCUGCCGCAGUUGCCGCCCGCAUUCGCACUCGAGCCUAGCAUAGAGUGGGACGAACGAUUCCCCCGGCUUCGAUUGCAGAGGCAGAUCUUGCACGUGGCUAUAUUCGAAUCUCUACGCUACAACUUUCGCCCGGUGCUGCUGGGUGGAUCGGCAGAGCAGCCGAUGUUGGUUGCAUCGCAGAAGAGGGCGUUGGCCGCGGCGGCUGUGAUGGUGCUGGACGGAGUUGCCAAGCUACACACCAUGCUAGGCAACUCCCACACUCGCCUACCAACCAUCAUCAUGCCCACGUUCGAGGCCGCCGUUGUCCUGAUGAGGCUACUUAUGGACGUCAACUUCCCGGGCACAACCUCAAGCGCAGACGCGCCACUACGUCCGCUGGGUAUUGAUCCACUUGGAGAGACGGUGGCUCUCUUGACGCGGAUUCAAUGCCGCCAGGCGGUGAAGCAGGCUAACACGCGUCUCGAUAUGCUCGCCGAAGUCAGCAACAUGGCCAAGGUGGGAGCCAGUACAUUGGGUUCCCUUGCAGCUAGACUAUCGAGCAGCAUCGUAGAAUGACGCAUAAGAUACGCGAUAAAAGGACAGGAGCGCGAAAGGAUCAGUCUAUAAUCACAAUA